UUGGCCGCGGAGUAGACCUCGCAGCUGACUCGACCGCGGCUGCGGGCACCUCGAAAGCUGGGCAAGGGAAGCUUUCCGAUCCUUAAGAGUUGCGGAGUAGGGGGUCUCUCGGUAAGCGCAGGGGCUGGGCUCUGGGCCUCCCCAGGCGGAUAGGGCCUAAUGUCUGGGUCAUCUGGACUCCUCCCUAGGGGCGUGGCCAGGCCAUCGGACCAAUGAGCGGUCGCCUCCGCGGCCCCGCCCCCGCCCCGUCCCCGGAGCCGCGGCCUCACGGAGUAGCGAACCGCCCCGCGCCCAGGCCUGGGGCAGCGCGAGCGCCGAACCUUGGGCUGAUCACCAAGAUGCCUGGAGAACAGCAGGCAGAGGAGGAGGAGGAGGAAGAAAUGCAAGAGGAGAUGGUGCUGCUGGUGAAGGGUGAGGAGGAGGAAGGUGAGGAGAAGUAUGAGGUGGUGAAACUCAAGAUCCCUGUGGACAACAAGGAGGUAAGCAUCACAUAA